UUAUUAUUUUUAAAGAUUUUAGUGCAUUGUUGCGUAGGAAUACUCAAAAUCCAAAUGCCAAAAUGCUUUAACCCAUCAAGAGAUGGCGGUAUAGAGGAGCACCUAAGCCAGUUGUUAUGAACUAUAUGUACAAACUCGCCCCAAAUGUUGAUCUGGCUACUUAACCACAGAGAAUAAGAUGCACUUUUAUUUUUAUGUACAAUGGUACCCUUCUAACUCCCCCUAGUUGUUUAGGCUGUAUGCAAAGUCUGAAGUUUAUUUAAUAAAUUCGUUAAUCUGUUGAAUGAUUUGUAAGUAGGCUUUUCGUGUUUUUAAUGUGAAAAAAUAAAACUGGUCAAAGCAGAACUCCCCGCCCGGCCGAAUUACCGCAAUCACGACACACCCAGAGCACCACACUACGGCCGUACCGGAACAAUUUCCAACACACACACACUUGCAUUUUGAGCACACACCUGUGGGAAAGAACGCAACGAUUUGCGAACAAAUAACUGAAAAGAAAAGUACAUUUAUUAAGCAGUUAAACAUGUGGGCUGACAAUGCAAUUACUGCGGGCAUAAUGAAAGGAGAACAGAUCUUCUGAACCAAGGGAGGAUCAAAAAACAUUAAAGUGUUUUAAAAAUAGCCUUUCGUUGAUUGACAGCUGCUGUUUUUUCAGUUUUGAAAAAACACGUCACACGAUCGUUUGAGCAAGUGAAACACAUUCGUUAACGGCAGAGUUGCGCUCAUCUGGAUUCCAAUGGAAACGGGAACUCGCGCAGUGGGGCUGACAGACCGGUUAUCGCGCUCCAUCCGCGAUGACCGCAUUUCUUAAGGACAGCGCGAGCGCGCGCAAUGAUGCUCACGCUCACUCUAGUUUCAGUCGUUUGGUUAGAACGAGACGUGUCGAGCACUGUCAAUUCCGCUGAAAAAAGGUGGGGAGACGACAAUUUUCACAGUGUUGUGUGAACCGUCGGGGAAUCCAUCUUAGAGGGUGGAACAGCCGCUUAAUACGCAAACGAGUAACAUACGCCUAAAAUCAUUUGUUUUAGGGGAACGCAUCCCGAUAGUUUGAUCAGUGAAAAUGAGUGUGGAACAAGGUAGGUUUGAAGGAAUGAUCCGCAAGGGAAACAUCACGUCGAUCGGCUCAAACUCCACCGGUCCGCCACAGUGCGUCGUGCAGCCUCCCGGUGGCAGGAGCCGCGGAGACGGGCGCUACCAGCCGCACGCGCCUCCGCAGAGCGGUUCGAUGGUAAAAACCCAAAACGAACCCGGAGACCUGGUCAAACGUGCCCUGGACUUUAAGACGCAAGGCACACAGUGCUACAAGGAUAAGAAAUACCGCGAGGCCAUCGGAAAGUACCACCGCGCGCUGCUGGAAAUGAAGGGUCUCUGUCGCGUGCUGGGGGACCCGGACACCAGCAAGUCUCCGUCCAGCAUCCUGACCAGCAUCAGCAAGUCCAGCCUGACGGAAGAGCAGAAAGGUGCGGUGGAGAACGCGGAGCUUGAGUGCUACAACAGCCUAGCAGCUUGUCUGUUGCAGAUGGAGCUAGUGAAUUACGAACGAGUCAAAGAAUACUGUCUGAAGGUUUUAAGAAAGGAGGGGGAGAACUUUAAAGCUUUGUAUCGCUCUGGUGUCGCAUAUUAUCACCUGGGAGACUUUCAAAAAGCCCUGCACUACUUGAAGGAGUCACACAAACAACAGCCCACAGCUGUUUCCUAUUCGUGUUUUUGUGAGACAGACACGAAUGUUAUCCGCUACAUUCAGCUGACCGAAAUGAAAAUUCGACGUAAUGCCCAGAGAGAGAAAUGUGAAGUUCCAUAAACAGCUGUUGCUUUAAUAGCUUUCCACUGCGGACACCCCACAUUUCCCUCAUCGCACUCUCUAUGGACGAGGUUUGGUAUUUCAUGGGAUACUAUUCCGGUGAAGAUCAACACACCUGUGUCAGCUGUCGUCCUGUCAGAAACCUUCUCUGGCUCAGACCGAAGAGCUGAAUCAAGUGUGCUGAAGGAGAUCCGAGAGGAGAUCUUAAGACAACUCAAUGCCAUGUAUUAUACUUUUUGAAGUAUAGCGAUCAUUGCUAUCAAGAGGUGCGCCUUUAUUCACUGUGUUUCAUUACAGAUCUUAUGAGGUGAUUGCGGUCUAAAAGGUUGUGCCCCACAGAACAUAAGCAGAUUAUUUUGUAGUUCCAUAGUGUUCUCUUAUAUUAUUGUUUUUAGACCGUGACAACUGUUUUUAUCAGAUAUUCUGAAUUAGAAAUUAGAAGCUGCCAACGUGUGAACAGAUGUCCCUUCAGUUUUUCUAUUAACACAUGAAGCUGCUUCAUUUGAAGUGCAAUUAAGUGUCAAAACCAUUGAAAAUGUUGCCAGCACUGAUUAUAUCAAACCUACACAUCACUUUACACCCACAUUCACAUCGCAGUGGGAAAGAUCUGACAAGCAUAAUGUGAACUUAGGUGUACCGACACAUACACACAGUGGAGGUUUAUGAGCAUGUGAAUCUAGCACUGUGUCACACAAACAUACAAAAGCAUGUAGGAGUAAAUAAACUGUGAGCAUUGUUAUAUUU